GCAAUUGUACCUAUAAGUCCCUUCGGUUACCCCCACAAAAAGCGGCCGUAGCAAGUACAAAGACGAACGUCGUCACAACACUCUUAAAGACACGGCGGGGGCGAUUAAUCGCUAAUGCUAAGUGAGCACAAAGUCACCUCGGCUUGACGCGCUUGUUCGUUAAGCCAGCGAUUAACAAACACUGUAAGUAUAGUAGCACUAUAGUUAUUGUUGCCCCCCCAUUAAGAAACAGCGCUUGUGCAGUAGCAUGGUUGCUAUCUGCCACACAAUUUAUUGCUUAUAGCCCUCCAUCGGCAUAUACUCUGCUAUGCAACCGUCCUUGGAAUUUAAGCUGCUGCAUGACGCUAUAGAUCGUGCGUCCCGGAGAGCCAACGGCGUUCGUGCCGGUCCCGUAAGUUUGCUGGGGAGCUGCAAAUUUCAGCAGCAGUGAGGAACAGCAUCAUGGGCGUAACAGCAGUAAACACACCGGUCAAGCUGGGUGCGCUUUCUCCGCCCGCUACUAAGUCGCCUCCGGCGAGGGAUUCGGUCCUCGAUGCCCUAGAGCGACUUCGCCAAGAGCAAGAGGAGACCAACCGAUUGCUUCGCCGCCUACUUGUUCCUGUAACACUAAUCAGCAGAUGCUGCUCUUUGCUUCUGGACCAAGUCCAACGCUUAGUUGCCUCUUGUAGCGUCGCAGCGUUGUUGCUUGAGGAUGUGUCCGCCAACCUUCGCAGCAUCUUCCAGCACACCAGCUACAUCGCAAACCUCGUCUCCGGCGCUACAGCCGCAGCCGCGUACGACAGCUUGUUGGGCGCCCAUGCGGACCAUGCAGCUAACGGCCUGCGCUUAGCGUCUGCGGCCUGCUUGCUGGCGGCCGCUGGCAUCGCACUGCCGUACGAUUGGGCCGCUUGUGGCAGCAAACAUCAUUAUGCUCAGCAGCAGCAACAGCAGGUUGUUUGGUUUCGGAACUGGCGUGUUAUUUUUGCGAGUGGCGGUGGCGAUGUUGCUGCUGCUGCUACUGCUCGAAUGCGGCAUGCGGCUGCUACAGCUAACGGUAACCAAAGUGGUGACGCGAUGCCGUUGCUGCUAACGAACUGGCGGUUGAACGUGCGGCGGCAGUUCGAGAGUUGGUGGUUGUCGUUGCUUGCUUUUUCAACGGGGUUGACGACACAGGGCGGUGGCAGUAGCGGAGGCAGCGGCGACGACAGCAGCGGCAGGUGGCGGUUGCUUGGCUUGCCUUGGCUCCUAAGACCACAGCAGGCGUCGUCGUCGUCUGCACCCCAACAUGCGGCAACAUGCAGCAGAUCUGAGUUUGGAUCCGGAUACGGCUUUAUCAGCCUCCUGGGAUCGUGGUUGUGGCCCCAGUCUGCAGCAACAGCGGUCCUGCCGGUUGCACUGUGUCGCUUGGCGGCGGUAUGCGGCUUCACAGCCGGCGCUUUACUCCUGGCAGGCUGGGUAGCGGCGGGGCUCCUGAUGCAGCAGCGCAAGACCCAUGGGUCGGCAUCCGCAUCGGCAACAUCGGCAAGAGCCGUUUCCAGUACCAUGAACACAGCGUCCGCCAUCACCAAGGGCGACGGCACCACACCCAACACAAACCUGAGAACAGAAGUAUUAACAUCAGCAGCAGCGGCAACAGCGCCUCAUUGCAACAGCAGUAAUAACCGCCGACCCCGACACCUCUGCGUUCCCAGCCUUCCAUGCGCGGUCUCUCCUGGUGCCUGCAUGGCCAUGUGGCUCCUGUCCGCACGCCUGCUCCUCACCCAUGCACCCGCCUGGUGUGCGGCGCUGGGCCUCAUGCACGGCUCAUGGCGCACCUGGCUGCUUGCCCAGCUGAUGUGGCAUGCCGUACUUCCGUACGCCGUUGCCAUGACACAACCGAGCACGAUUUGGGCGGCGCAGGGAACAGCAGCAACCACAGCAGCCGAAGCAGAUGUGGUUGAGGUGACCCAGCAGGUGUUGUUGAGGCGGGCACUGCCGCUGCCGCUGAUGAUGUUGCACCCGCAUCCGGUCGCGAUGCCCCCUGGCGUGUUACAGGACAAGCAGCAGCAGCAGCAAAAGGAGAGGAAGGACAAACAGCCGCUGCAGCAGCAGGAGAAGGAGACGGAGAGGAAGGACAAACAGCCGCUGCAGCAGCAGUGCCAGCAGGAAGCAGCAGGGAAUGAACGAGAGCACAUCCAGCAGCAGCCUGCCGUGAGGGGUUCCCACGAGCAUUACAUCAAAGGUCCCAAUGCGGAUGCGCAACCACGCUCAGCCCAACAGCGCUCAGCCGCAUCAGCCCAGCAGCAGCAGCAGCACAAGAAGCACCGGAGCAGCUCGGGAAGCAUCACCCGCCGUCUGCGCCGUGCGCUGUUUUCCUGUGCUUUCGGCGCUACCACCCGCACCGACUUCGCCGUCGACAGUCGUACGCAACAGGGCAGGCAGCCGACCCCAACGGCGCCAAUAAUAAUGGAGCCAGCAGCACCGACGGGAUCCCGGACGUCAUCUCCGGACCACUUACCGAUGGAAUCCCGGACGUCGUCUUCAGGCCUGGUGGCUCCGCUGGUCCGCAUGUCAGCCCAGCCAGCGGCGGGUUGCACCGCGGCUGUGGCGGCGGGCGCGGAUCGUGCGCCUCCACCUCCGGUGCCGUCAGCAAAGCCACCUUCGGACUCACUGCCUGUAACAGCAGUAGCAUCAGCAGCAGGUGCACCGGUGCUACCUGGUAUCCUGGCUGCCAUUGACGCAUGGCUUGUCAUUGUAAAACAGGAAUGGUUGCGGUGCUUGCUGUGGCAGUGGUUGCCAACACGAAUGCCCGCAAACAUGUCAGUGGCAUGGUUGCGGGUGGUGGUGUCGGCCUUUUGGUUGUACGGCAUGCCUGUGUUUACAGGCGUGUUGCCUGUGCUGCCUUGGAGGUGGGUGGCGGCUCAGGUGGUUAGAAUGGCCUUGGCGGUUAUGGCAGUUGCGGUUGCGGUUACUGUUGGCUUGGGUGCGUUUACUGCGGCGUGGUUGAAGGUCCGACGUGGGGGUUGCUGCAGUGGUGGAGGACGGACGCAGCAGUAGCAACAGCAGUGGGGAAUAUCUAAAAGGAAAGUGCAGUCCCGGAAUCCCUUAUCCAGCAGCGGUAGGAGGACGGCUGCUGGGAACAGAAGGCCGAUGAGUACCGUAUACCGAUAAGUGGGUAGUGCUGAGGGAAUGCAUCAUCAGUAGGGAAUGCAUGUAAUAAUUGGUUGAAAGGUUGAUUUCGUUUUGCUGACACGCUCUGGGGUGCCUGCUCGUUUAAAGGUCGGCUGGCGCUUUCCUGCUGUUGUCCUGAAGCGUUGAUGCUGCUGCUUCUGAGUCGUUAGUGUUGUGUUUCCUCGAUGGGCUGAAGGAGCUUUACACAGCGGGCUCCAGCCAGAAGCAGCAGCUAGAGUGCCCCGGCAUCAACACCUUCCCUGUGUCGGCAAGGGCUUUGGAGUCCGCUCUUGGGUACGGCGGCGUCAGUAGCACGGCUGAGGUGAUUAGGAUGCGUGUGAAUAUCAACGAUGGUGGUUUGCCAAGUUGGGGAAAAUGGACAAGAAUAAAGA